CAGACAUCAGAACCCUACCAAACGUUCUAGCAAGUCAUAGUUAUUCUCAACAUGAACUCCUACAUUGUGAUCGCUUUGAGUGCUCUGUUCGUGGCUCUGGCUGUUGCCUCGCCCAUUGAACUGAACGAGGAGCAGAAGGCUCUGGCCAAGCAGCAUGGUGAACAGUGUGCCGCUGAGCUGAACCUCACCGAGGAGGAGAAGGCCAAGGUCAAGGCCAAGGACUUCAAGAACCCCACCGAGAACAUCAAGUGCUUUGCCAACUGCUUCUUCGAGAAGGUUGGAACCCUGAAGGACGGUGAGCUCCAGGAGGCUGUUGUCCUGGAGAAACUGGGCGCCUUCAUUGGCGAGGAGAAGACCAAGGCUGCCCUGGAGAAGUGCCGAUCCAUCAAGGGUGAAAACAAGUGCGAGACCGCUGUGAAGUUGCACGAGUGCUUCGAGACCUUCAAGCCCGCUCCUGAGGUUAAGGCUUAAGGAUGUUCCGGAGUUGAAGUUUGGCAAAUUGUGAUUCAUUUUUAAAAGAGUAGUGGAAAAUAACUUAUAACUUUAUAUGAUAAAUGAUUUGAAUAUAUGCUUUGUCAGAUGGAA